AAGCAUAUGGCUUCUAUUGAAUUGGAACGAAAGAUCAGAGAGUCGGAAGUCAAUAUCAAACAAUAUGAGAAAGUGGCACAGCAGCUAUCUGUCAGCGUUGAGUAUUGUAAGAAAGAGGUAGAAGGAAAGCAGGUGCAGCUAGCAGCUGCCAAGAGGAAUGCAGAAUCUAUUGCAACCAUCACACCUGAACUUAAAAAGGAGUUCGUCGAGAUGCCUACCACAAUUGAAGAAUUGGAAGCGGCUAUACAAGACAAUAUGUCUCAAGCCAAUUCGAUCCUUUUCGUAAACGAGAACAUACUGCAAGAGUAUGAACAUCGCCAGAAACAGAUAGAAACUAUUUCUACAAAGCUCGAAGCUGAUAAAAGAGAUCUGAGCAAAUGCUUGAAAGAUAUCGAUUCGCUAAAGGAGAAAUG